GGGGGAUUGAUCGCUGAAGUUGGGCUACAUCUACCUCCUACUACUUCCACGUUUCUGCUCCAAAGCACAUAAUCCACCACCAUGGUAUCCUCCAUCACCUUGGGCGUGCGAACCGCCAUCAACCUCAGCAGGACGACACCUUCAUCUCGACUCUUAGCACGUACAUUCGCCUCCUCGUCUCGCAACCAUGCCAUCAACAAAGUCGUCUCCUCGCCCGAAGAGGCUCUCAAGGAUAUGAAGCCCAACUCGACCCUUCUCUGUGGUGGAUUUGGUCUCUGUGGAGUGCCCGAUACUCUCAUCAACAGUGUGGAGAAGAUGCCGCACAUCACCGGCUUGACCGCAGUGUCGAACAAUGCAGGCGUGCCCGGUAGCGGUCUGGGCAAGCUGCUGGCGAGCAAGCAAGUGAAAAAGAUGAUUGCAUCCUAUGUGGGCGAGAACAAGGUGUUUGAGAAAAUGUACUUGACUGGCGAGAUUGAGCUGGAACUCACACCCCAGGGGACGCUUGCGGAGCGCUGUUCGGCGGGCGGGAGAGGUGUGCCGGCCUUCUACACGCCUGCUGCUGUGGGCACUGUGGUGGCUUCGGGAGAGCUUCCUCUCAAGCACAAUGCCGAGGGCGAUGUGGUGCAGUUCAGCUCGCCCAAGGAUAUCAAGGUGUUUGACGGCAAGCCAUACGUGUUGGAAGAGGCGAUCAAGGGUGACGUGGCGUUCAUCAAGGCGUGGAAGGCAGAUCGUCUGGGUAAUGUCAUGUUCCGAUUCGCAGCGGCCAACUUCAACGGCGCCAUGGCGAGGAAUGCGAAAGAGACCAUCGUCGAGGCCGAGCACAUUGUCGAACCCGGAGAGAUCGAUCCCGCAGCGGUCCACGUGCCAGGUAUCUACGUCAACAAAGUGAUCCAAUCCACCACAUCCAAGGAAAUUGAAAAGGUGGUCAACGCAAAGAGCCCCGAGGAGCUCAAAGCCGGUGCUCUGGGGUCAGGAGAAACAGCAAACAAGCGCGAGAGGAUUGUGAGAAGAGCUGCAAAAGAGUUCCAGAACGGACAAUACGCCAAUCUCGGCAUUGGCAUGCCUAUGCUGGCACCAUCAUUCGUGGACGACAGUAUCGAGGUGCAGCUCCAGUCGGAGAAUGGCAUUCUCGGCCUCGGACCAUACCCCCAAAAGGGCACAGAAGACCCCGAUCUCAUCAACGCCGGAAAAGAGACAGUCACACUCCGACCGGGCGCCGCAGUCUUCGGCAGUGACGAAUCCUUCGGCAUGAUCCGAGCCGGACGCAUCAACCUGACCAUCCUCGGUGCCAUGCAAGUCUCUGCCAAAGGUGAUCUCGCCAACUGGAUGUUGCCAGGCAAGAUCAAGGGCUUCGGAGGAGCCAUGGAUCUCGUGUCCAACCCCGAAAAGACCAAGGUCGUCGUCACCAUGGAACACACGGACAAGAAGGGUCGUCCGAAGAUUCUCAACACUUGCACUUUCCCUCUCACGGGACCCAAGUGCGUCAGCCUCAUCAUUACCGAGUUGGCCGUCUUUGAAGUUGAUUUCACACAUGGCUUGACUUUGAUUGAGCAUGCCGAGGGUGUCACGGUAGAGGAGAUUCAAAGCAAGACGGAAGCUCCGUUCAAGGUUUCUGAGAGCUUGAAGGUUAUGCAGCAAUAAAGAAGUCAAAAAGAAUGGGGCUUCUUCUUGCAUUCUAGCAUGGCGUUGGAGGGUCGGGAAUGGGAAUGGAUAUGAUUGUCAAGGUAGAUAAGAAAUGUGAUUUUUGGGAGCAAAAAGUAGUCAGUUAGUAUACAAGUGUAUCCAAAGCUGUUCAACACCA